GCAUUCGACAAAUGCGCAACGCUGUUGUUAUCAUGCGGUUAAAGGUCUAUUAUUACAGUUCUCGACGAUGGCUACUGCAAUUCCGAAAAUAUCGCGACUGUCAUCAAGAAUUCUUCGAAUACUAGGAUGUAACCCCGGACCUAUGACACUGCAAGGGACAAAUACGUAUUUAAUCGGAACCGGCAAAAGGCGCAUUUUGUUAGACACUGGAGAUCCUAAUAUUCCAGAGUAUAUUGAAAAUUUGAAGUCAGUAUUAAACGAUGAGAAUGCACAUCUUGAACACAUUAUAAUUACACAUUGGCAUCAUGACCACAUUGGUGGAGUUGGUGAUGUAAUUAAGAAUGUUAAAACUGACUGUAGAAUUUGGAAGCACAAAAGGUUGGAUGAACCUGAUGACGCAUUGCCUAAUGACAUACCAAUAAAUUUCCUUAAAAAUGGAGAUGAGAUAUCAACUGAAGGUGCUACACUAAGGAUUAUGCACACUCCAGGCCAUACUACAGAUCAUAUUACAUUGGUACUGAAAGAAGAAAAUGCAUUAUUCAGUGGAGACUGUAUUCUGGGCGAAGGGACAGCAGUAUUCGAAGAUUUGCAUGAUUACAUGGCUUCCCUUCAUUUGAUACUAAAAGAGAAGCCCAGUCUGAUCUAUCCUGGACAUGGGCCAGUAGUGGAUGAUCCUCUCACAAAAAUUGAAUUCUACAUAAAUCACAGAACUAAGAGAGAAAAUGAGAUUCUGGAAGUCAUGAGGAAUAAUACCACAAAAAAGUUCAGUGAAAUGGAUUUGGUAAAAAUUAUAUAUGUGGACACACCUGAACAUCUGUAUCCUGCAGCAGCUAUAAAUGUUGGUCACCACCUUCAGAAGUUGUUAAAAGAAGGGAAAGUUACAAAACAUGAAUCACUGUGGCAAUCUGCUGAAGUGAAAUCAUGCCUGUAAUUGCAAUGCUGGAAUUUUGCUUUCAGUACAAUAAUGGAAUAAUAAACAGAAAUGAGGGAAGAAAACUGCUGUUAACUUGUAAUGCUGAUACACACACACACUGUUUUGUGUGUGUGUGCGUGCAUGUGUGUACAGAACCAGUUUGGAAGUCAUUUCGAAACAGUGUCUUAAGAUAUGGGAUGAAGUAACUAACUAACAUUUCUAUGAGCAGCUAUUUUAAAAUUAAAAGCAAGAAUAUUGAAAUUACAAGUAUUUAGACAGAGUGCUACAGAUUUCAGUUAAAUCCUGUAGUGAUGUAUGUUUAAAAUAUUCCCAGCUACAGACUGGAAUAAGCAGAAUGUUCUAGAAAUAAGUUAAUAUUUAGCUUAUCGGUGACAAAAUGGCACAGUUAACUAGACACAUGCAUGUAAUAAUGGACAUUAACAUACUGUAGCUAUUUGAUUCUCUGAAUACGGUGGAGGAUAUGUUGUGGUGCUAAUACACAGUAUUUAAUGGCGGCAUGUGUGACAGAUGUCUUUGGCAAAAAUUCACAUGCUUGAUAGAAGCCAUUGUAUGAUUAAGAACAUUGUUAGUCUGAAUUCAGAUGAAUUACCGUACUGUACCAUACAUGAAAUUACAAAUUUUGAGAUGGCAGAUAUUAUUUUGAUGCAUAAUUUGUGGAAUUUAUUUUUUAAUGGACAAUUUUGUUAUUGCAAUAAAGCAGUUUGUGAGAUUGUAUAAAUGCUUUGCAACAAUAAUUCUUUCUUAUGCUUUUAUUGCUCAUACUAUAAAUGGAUGCUUUAUAGUGCAAUAAAUACUAUUACAUGUUCUUAUUUGUAACUGAUCCAAAGUGGAGUAAAAUUUAAAUUCAUAAAUAACAUGAUGUAUUAAUGAAAUCAAUAAAGCCAAAAUAAGCUUAUAUACUAAAAUAGAGUAUCAAACAGCAUACUGUCUUCCAAUUCUCUGCACAAAUCUUAAAUGAUUAUUUCCCAUUUAUGCUGUAACAAUUGAGCAUAACAUGCAACCCUGUGAAGUUAAUGAAUAACUGACUCUUAAAUUUUUUAUUUUUCUUACGUCUGCAACUGAACCCAAGUCAUGUGGAUUAAGAUGUUCCAUGGUUUUUCAAUUCACUUAAGGUGUCUGCUUGUAUGAUUCAGCUAAAAAGGUCAGCACUGAAAACUGUUCUUGUCUUACUAAAAUUUCUUGUACCAUUAAUUUUACAUAUGCAUUCCAAGAACCAUUGUACAGUGCAUGGCAGUGGUUAUUUUGUACCAACAAUAGCAGUUUUUUGUGUUCUAUCUAAAGAUGAUGCAAGUAAAAAAUGACCAACUAUAUGCCUUGGUUCAUAUCCUGGUUUAUCCUGCUCUCAUAAUUCUUAUGCAACAUAUGAUAGAGGCAGCAAAGCUCUUGCAAAGACUUUCUUGAAUAUUGGUUCCCUAAACCAACCCAACAGGAUUACAUGAGAACAUAGUUGUCUUUCAUCCAAAGAUGGGUCAUUAAUGUUGAAACAGUGUCAUUCUGAAUGCAGUUUAGAUUUGUGAUCAUAUAAAAACCGCUAUUAUGAAAAAUAAAAUUGCAAGUGACAAAUUGUAUAAAAAUACUGCCACUCUGCAAUAAGAAUGGCCAAAUGUGCUGUUAACAUGUUGAUUACCAUGAGACUGCUGGCAGACAACAGUGGAGCCUUACGCCUGAUACUGUGGCCUGGCCAGGCAGUGAAACAUCUAUCACUGUGUGAGUGUGGGG